AUGUCAUCAGAUUAUGGAAACUAUGGUGGAUACACCGAUGGUGGGUUUAACACCGAUGGAAAUGCUGGUGGAUUUAGCACGGAUAAUGGGAUUGCUGAAAAACAUCAGAGUAGAACAAGUUUAACUCCCGUAACUAUCAAACAAAUAAAUGAUGCUGAACAAGAUGUACCAGAUGGGGAUUUCAAAAUAAACCAAAUUGAAUUGAAUAUGGUAUCUUUCGUUGGAAUUAUAAGAAGAAUUGAUGAUCAAACCUCUGGUAUAGUUUUAAAGGUGGAAGAUGGUACUGGAACCAUCGAUGUUAAGAAAUGGACAGAUGCCACUACUAGUACUACAGAAGAACUUGAAAAAUAUAAUAAAGAAUUAGGAAAAUAUGUGUUUGUAAGUGGUGCUUUAAAGAGUUUUAACAAUAGAAAGACAGUUCAAAAUUCCGUUGUUUAUCCUAUUGUGGAUCAUAAUCAAGUGUUAUAUCAUCAUUUAAGUGCUAUAGAAACCCAUUUAAAGGCUCAAGGUAUUACUACCGCUAAUAGUGUAAAGUCUUCUCAAGCUACUGGAUUAUUUGUAACAGAUAAUGAUGCCCAUGCUUCACCCGUUGAUGCUAUUUAUAAUUUUGUUAAAGAAAACUCUGCUUCUAUGCCAACUGGGGUUACAGAGCCAUUUAUUUCACAAAAAUUAGGGUUUACUACUGCGGACGCUCAUAAAUUUUGUCAAGAGUUAGUUGAAAGUGGUAGAAUUUAUCAAGGUACAGAUGAGAGUAGUUAUUUUUGUGUUUAG